AAGACAAAUAAAAAACGUAUUAAUAAUAGCAGCAAAUAAAAUGGGGUAAAGAGGAUAAAAUCACGGCCUAUUCAAUUCCAAUGGGAUGAUAAGCAUCGUUGAAGCCGUGAUGUAAUCUUGGAGAUGCCUACUCAUUCCCUUUUCCCUUCUUGAGCCCAAACUCAUGAAGGUCAAACACAAAAAAAUUACAAGAAGCUGAAAUCUUGCAGUUUUUUUCAAUUAUUUAAUUCGUCCUAUGUUGGAUUAAGUUUUGGGUUAAUAUUUCCCAAUCUGUAGUCUCCAAUGGAGCCUCGUGUUGGUAAUAAGUUCCGGCUUGGCCGGAAAAUCGGUAGCGGUUCUUUUGGAGAGAUCUAUCUCGGGGCUAAUGUUCAAACUAAUGAAGAGGUUGCAAUUAAGUUGGAAAAUGUGAAAACAAAGCAUCCUCAACUAUUAUAUGAAGCAAAGUUGUAUAAAAUACUACAAGGAGGAACUGGAAUCCCCAAUUUAAAAUGGUUUGGAGUUGAAGGAGAUUAUAAUGCCCUUGUGAUGGAUUUGCUGGGGCCUAGUCUUGAAGAUCUCUUCAACUUCUGCAGUAGGAAGCUGUCUUUAAAGACCGUUCUCAUGCUCGCAGAUCAGAUGAUUAAUCGGGUUGAAUUUGUUCAUGCCAAAUCUUUUCUUCAUCGAGAUAUAAAACCUGACAACUUUCUUAUGGGAUUAGGAAGACGUGCAAAUCAGGUCUAUAUGAUUGAUUUUGGGCUGGCUAAGAAGUAUAGAGACUCAUCAACUCAUCAGCAUAUUCCGUAUAGAGAAAACAAAAAUUUGACAGGAACUGCUAGAUACGCAAGCAUGAAUACUCAUCUUGGCAUUGAACAAAGUCGAAGGGAUGAUUUGGAAUCGCUGGGUUAUGUUUUAAUGUACUUCUUAAGAGGAAGUCUCCCUUGGCAGGGGCUGAAAGCAGGCACUAAGAAACAGAAGUAUGAGAAGAUCAGUGAGAAGAAAGUAUCAACGUCAAUAGAGACCUUGUGUAGGGGAUAUCCUGCAGAGUUUGCAUCAUAUUUUCAUUACUGUCGAUCACUAAGAUUUGAUGAUAAACCAGAUUAUGCUUAUCUGAAGAGAAUUUUCCGUGAUCUUUUCAUUCGUGAAGGGUUUCAAUUUGAUUAUAUAUUUGACUGGACCAUUUUGAAAUAUCAGCAAUCACAGCUUGCCAAUCCUCCAUCUCGCGCUCUUGGUGGUACUGCUGGGCCAAGCUCAGGGAUGCCUCAUGCUCUUGUUAAUGUUGAGAGGCAAUCAGGUGGAGAUGAAGGUCGACCAGCCGGUUGGUCUUCAUCAAAUCUUACACGUAAUAAGAGCACAGGGCUGCAUUUCAAUUCUGGAAGCUUAUUGAAGCAAAAAGGCACAGUUGCUAAUGAUUUAUCCAUGGGUAAAGAGUUAUCCAGUUCUAAUUUUUUCCGGUCAAGUGGACCAUCAAGGCGUCCAGUUGUCUCUAGCAUCCGAGACCCAGUGAUUGCUGGGGGUGAACCUGACCUCUCUGGCACUCGGACAAAAGAUGCAAGCCCGGGACCAUUGCGUAAAGUAUCCAGUGUUGCACGGAGGAGUUCACCAGUUGUGUCCUCAGAUCACAAGCGCAGCUCCUCUAUCAAAAACGCCAACAUAAAGAAUUUAGAGUCCACCGUCAAGGGAAUGGAGGGCUUAAGUUUUCGAUGAUGAGGGACUGCAUUAGUAGCUGUGCUUUGUCUCAGUUCUCUGUUCACUCUAAAUUUUGGCACGCCAACUUGGGGAGUAAGUAUUCUGAUAUUAGUUGCUGCCAGGAAGUACCAUAAAGCUGAAUUAAAUUAAAAUUUGGGAUGUAUUUCAAAAGCACAGUUAAGGAUAUGAUGGGGUUGCAGAGCCAAACUCACAGAUCCCAGUUUAUGCUUGUCCAUACAGUUGUAUCCACUUUCCAUAUUCUUUUUCAUCUCUAUCUCUUGCUUGUUCUUGUUAUGCUGUGGUAUUCUUGUUGAAGUCAUGUUGUGAAUUAUGAAGGUGGUCAUGUAUAAUCGCGAGAAAUCAUGUAUUUAUUUGUUUUAAACAUGAGCAAACUGUUCUUUUGUUCAA